CACCGCGAAACACCCACCUUCAAUCAAGUUUCGAGCCGCAGCAACUUUCUCAAGACUUGAGUCUGUAUCCGUCAGCUCGUUUUGUGCGCCUAAUACCUAAGUAGUCGCUGAAGUUUCCCGCACGCGACCUUUCGAUACCCUGUCAUAGUUCGAUAGCUUCGGGGCUCGACAAGCCAACAAACCGCCAACAUGUCGGAUCUCAACUCCUGGGAAGAUGACCCCGCCGCUCAGGAUGACAACCUGUCGCGCCAGACACAGCAGAUGAACCUCAACAAUAACCCCGCCGCCGCGCAAUCAUUCCGACCCGGCGCCGCCUCCUUCCAGCCCACUGCGCACUCUUUCCAGCCGGGCCAGCAAGCCUAUGGUUACAGCCAAUAUCAGCAGCCCCAACAGGCUUACUACGGCGGCCAGAACUACUACCCUCAAUACGGCCAGCCCGGCGGAUACAACCAGCAAUAUGGCCAGGGCUACGGCAAUAUCUACGGUCAACAAGCCGGCUAUAACCAGGGCUACGGUCAACCCAAUUACCAACAGCAGCCUCAACAGCCUCAACAGCCCACUCAACAAGCCCCUCCUACUAUUGCUAAGCGUCCCGACCAAGCCGCCACGGCCUCCUCAGACCUGAACAAGCCCGUAGUUACCAAGGAGGGAGGCACCAAGGUUUUGAGCAUAGGGGGGGAUGCGGCCAAACCCAAGGCCGCCAAAGUACUCUCAAUCGGCAUGCCAGCAGCACCAAAGGACGAGCCCAAGGAACCCAAGGCAGAGCCAAAGGCGGCAACUGAGGACGGUGCUGCUGAGAAGAACACUGCCGCCGACGCCGGCGCAAAAGCAACGGCUACGAAAGCCAUUGAGAAAACAGGCGAAUCUACCAAAACGUCCAAGACUGCUAGCGGGAAGACCUCGCCUACACCGUCAUCCGGCCGAUCAAGCCCAUCUAGGGGCGCUAAGGGUGCUAGUCGUGACGCCGAUGCCGUUAUGAACGAACAGACCGCCGACGUCGACGAAGAAACGCUAAAGGAAAUCUAUGGUAAAGAACAUGUAAACGUCAUCUUCUUAGGCCACGUUGAUGCUGGAAAAUCAACUCUAGGUGGAAGUAUUCUUUACGCGACUGGCAUGGUAGAUGAGAGAACAAUGGAUAAAUACAAGAGAGAAGCAAAGGAACUAGGCCGAGAGUCCUGGUGGUUGUCAUGGGCCUUGGAUCUUACCAAGGAGGAAAGAGCAAAGGGUAAAACCGUCGAAGUUGGACGAGGCUUCUUUGAGACCGAAAAGCGCCGAUACAGUAUCCUCGAUGCCCCCGGUCACAAGACAUAUGUACCUUCGAUGAUUGGCGGUGCUGCUCAAGCCGACGUUGGUGUUCUAGUCAUCAGUGCCCGUAAGGGUGAAUACGAAACUGGUUUCGAGAAGGGCGGACAGACCAGAGAGCAUGCUAUGCUUGCUAAGACUCAAGGAGUUAAUAAACUUGUGGUCGUCAUCAACAAGAUGGAUGACACAACAGUUGAAUGGUCACACGAUCGAUACAAGGAAUGCACUGCCAAACUAUCGCAAUUCUUGAAAGGUGUUGGUUACAACAAGGGCGAUGUAUUCUUCAUGCCCAUUGCUGCCCAGCAGUUAAUCAACAUCAAGGACAGAAUUCCUCCUGGCGUCUGCUCCUUCUAUGAUGGACCCUCACUACUAGAAUACCUAGAUGGCAUGCAAUCCCUAGAACGCAAAGUCAAUGCUCCUUUCAUGAUGGCAGUCGCAGGAAAGUAUCGUGAUCUAGGAACCAUGGUCGAAGGCAAGAUCGAGGCUGGCGUUUGCCGAAAGGGUAUGAGUUUAAUAAUGAUGCCCAACAAAGAGAAGGUUGAGAUUGCUGCUCUAUACGGCGAGACGGAAGAUGAAAUCCAGAUCGGCCAGUGCGGUGAUCAGGUUCGAAUGCGCCUUCGAGGCAUUGAAGAAGACGAUAUCUCACCUGGUUUCGUUCUAUGCAGCCCCAAGCGGCUAGUUCAUAACGUCAAGGCCUUUGAGGCACAAAUCAGAAUUCUAGAAUUGAAGUCUAUCCUCACCGCAGGCUUCAACUGUGUACUCCACGUGCACGCUGCCAUUGAGGAGGUGACGUUUGCGGCUUUGCUUCACAAGCUACAAAAGGGAACCAACAGGAAGAGCAAGCUUCCCCCAUCCCACGCAAAGAGGGGCGACAGCAUUAUUGCUCGGAUGGAAGUUACUGGUGGUGCUGGUUCAGUGUGCGUUGAGACCUUCGAGGACGCACCACAACUUGGUCGCUUCACCCUCCGUGACCAGGGACAAACCAUCGCCAUUGGAAAGAUCACAAAACUCAUCACUGAGGAAAAUUCUUAAAGAACUUAAAGUGCCAACAGUCAGUCCCGUGGACGGACACUGCUUUUACAGCUCAGCAAUGCCCGGAUAAAUGCAUCUUUACAAGUCUCAGCUGAAUUUCAGCCUUGUGUCUUGCCUAUCUGUCUAAAUGAGCUAGAGAAUUAAGGCAUCUGUCUAUCUGUGCUCAUAUUAGGCACCCGGGAAAACAAUGAAUGGGCUGGCUGGCUCCUAAAGGGGGCUCAUCAAGGUUGGGAAGCUGCGCGAUGGUGCGCCAUAGAAUCGGGGCCGGGCAGGCGAAAAAAUCAUAUCUUAUCGCUCUUUCUAGAUAGUGAAAGCCAGGAUGGAGUUCGCUAUUGAAUGGAUUGACUGACUGACUGACUAAACUGCCAUAUGGAAAGAUUAGGUAUAGAUUUUAGCAUACUUUUCAAAAGGAGAAUAUGAACAUUAUGAAACCAGAGA